AUGAUCCAUAACUACUUAUGGGGAUACCUUUCAUAUUCAGAUGCUGACUACAUUGAAUCAACCCCGAGCUUUGUGAGCGGAUGGAUCAACAUGACUGCUAACUCCGCCACUUCAGAACAAACCAUAUUACACGGUUUACAAGAGCUCCCGAUGAUGGUCAGAGUAGAUGCUAAGACAGAAGAAGGCUGGAUCUUUACGGGCUUUGGAUCCGCCCAAAAGGACGACGACGGAGGUUAUACAUAUGGCGGCGUGGUCUUUAUAUAUAGUAAUACCAGUAUCAAAAUAUUUGUUCCCAAGCGUAGCAACGACAGAUCAACAGCGACCUGGACGGCUCUGUACUUAGGAGAUGAACAGAAAUGGAUAGGUCCAGCUCAUAUGAAGAGGCGUUACAGUUCCAUUCUUGUGCGUGUAAAGGCAUGGCGAUCGAGUGACCUGCCUCCUCCGUCCUUUAAAAGCCGUGUAAUUCAUAUUACGAAAGGGGAUUGUCUCGAGGAGGCCGUGGACCAUUCUCUUGGUAAAUACCCUGACCUUAUUGUAGUACAGAUUCGAACACCUCUUUGGACAUUUCAAGGUCAAGGGUUGUCAACUCGAGGUACUGGGGAUAAAUAUUCCAACAUUGGAGGUUUGCUUUACGGUCAUAAUGAGACACACGUACAGUUGUGGUCAGCUUGCAACACUGAUGGAACUAUGCCAGGCAUUAGGUUAUUGAGUGUCACAGACGGAUGGGGGCAUAAAGGAGUUGGAAGUAACGAAGGGUCUAUAACCAUAUUCGCGUGGAAUAUCCAUGGACAUAUACAAAGAUUUAAAAUCUCCGACCUUGAAGCCGCCGGUUAUAUGUUACCCUAUACACAUGUAAAGACUCCCAGCCAUUUUCUCUCUGUUCGGAUAGAAGUUCUUGACGAUCCUAACAAGAAUUUUCGAUUUGAUGGCGUUGGAUCAGUGAUGAGCGAGAUGGUUCCUUUUGGUGGAUUGGUAUACGGACAUAACGACACGGAUAUUACAUUCUGGGUUCCUCAUCCACUCAUACGAGAUCAGACGAAUGUAGCAAUGUACAUGUUGGGAAAGAUAUGGGGAAUGGGUUACAGAAAACAGAUGGCAGACGACGUAGACAUUAUUAUCAGCGAACAUGACGUCUUCGUACCCAUCUGUAUUCUCGAUUAUACCCAAGAUAUGAACACCAAGUUAUCUGUCAUUACAAAAUCCAGCAAGUAUAACGAUUCAGUUUAUGCUGUCGGUGAUGAGAUCCAAGUGCAUUGCAUGACGGGGUAUCGAAGCUUGGGAGGAAACACUUCGCUUACCUGUAAUGAAACUGGACACUGGAAUGGACAAUUUCUGAAAUGUGAAGUUAUAACAUGUCCUGAGACUAACAUCAGCAAUGCAGAAAUUUGUUACCAAAAUACAUCCUUGGGAGGAUCAGUGAAUUACUCGUGUAACACCGGAAGCCGAUAUGAAAAAGGAGACCUUCUGCGCGUGUGUGUUAUUGGCGGGUUAUGGAGCGGAGACAUGCCAGUUUGUAAGAAAUGCAGGUGUCCGUGUUCUUCUGUUGGCGUUGUACCAAUCAAACAAGAUGAAGUAGAAAAACUAGAACAACGAUUGGGAGAAUUGAAAUCGAACCUAACCGUAUUGCGAAAUUCUACUUCUAAAGCCAUCCGGAGCAAAAUCAGCGCUGAUGACCCGCGACCUUCAGCUAAAAGCCUAGGAUUUGUUCUAGGGGCAGGGAUUCUGAUUUGUGUGUUUGGGGGUAUCAUUAUCAGUGAUCUGCCAGAAUUGUGGUUAUUAUUGUCUUGUCAAAAGAGAAUGUAAUUACAAUACUUUUCCUAUACAAAUUACAGGUGAAAAAUCGAUUUGGAAGGGACAAGAAUGCUAUUCAUAGACAAAACACUUAUUAGUACCCUACCGGUUUGUAAAACCGAAAGGGACUAUAGGUUUCUUCUCUGCCUGUCCGUCCAUCUGUCUGUCAGUCAAUCUGUUCCACUAAGUUUUCUAGACUUUUUCCCGUUAUCCUUACGAUGAUUCAUUUGAAAUCUGCAGUGUAGUUUCAGACAGGCAAACUACACAUCAAAUCAAAUUUCGUAACGUUUGGUGGUCAGGUGUGAAAGAAAUUAAUUUUCAUAUUGUUUUAAUAUUCAUCGAUUGGGAUUGUGUUCUGAUAGAAAAGCUGUAAAAGUAGGAUAUCUGAAUAGACACAGUCGCUGAUUAUGUAAAUAACUGCUUCAUUGAUUUUACAUUUCAAGCCCAUUAAUCACAUUUAAGAAAAGUAUGAAAUUACGUAUCGAAUACGUUAAUCACGUUAAUAUCUUUUGUUGUUGUCGGUGAGCGAAGUCGGCAGUACUCAAUUUACCACAUUCCUGCAAUCCGACUGAAAUAGUGGGUAUUCAAAAUCGCCCUUCCAACAGUUGUGUAUAUAUAUAUAUAUAUAUUGCAAAGACGGUGACCCAGAUUCCAAACUAGCAACUAGCAAACGGUACGACGCACGAUCAUGAAAUACCGAAUUUUCUUUGUUGUUUAAUGAUAUAGUUAUCAAACCCAAAUUUACUAUGUGGCAGUUAGGAUAUAUGCUACAUGCUCAUGUUCAUGAAUUGAAUUUUAAAGUUUUGUUCUAAAUAGUAGCAUAAAAGGUGAAGAUAACGAACAGUGUUCAAUAUCAUAAUUCCCAUAAGCAAUACAAAAUAGAGAGUUGGGUAACACUGACUCCUGGAUAUACCAGAGGUAUUCCACCCCUGAUGAAAAGUGAAGAUAACGAACAGUGAUCAAUUUCAUAAUUCCUACAAUCAAUACAAAAUAGAGAGUUGGGCAAACACGGAUCCCUAGAUAUACCAGAGGUUGGAUCAGGUGCCUAGGAGGCGUAACCAUCCCCUGUCGACAGGUUACUUCCGCCGUGAGCCCUAUAUCCUGAUUAGGUAAACGGAGUUAUACUUAGUAAAAAUCAGUGUGCCAAAAACGGCCUAACAAACGGUAUGAAACACGUCAGACAGCUCAACUUGUACCGAUGUUUAGAUCAAAGUUCAAGGUCAAAGAACAUUGAAUGUAUAUUAUUUCGAAUAUCAAAUCCGUCAAUUAAUUAGGGUUUCAGUUGGCAAUACUGUUAGAAUGCUUGUUUACAUAUGCAUACCCAGAAGAUAAACCAGUAGAAUACAUAUAAAUUUUAUUUACGAAUGCUUGUUAACGGGGCUGAACGGAAAUGUUCUAUUUUCGAGAACGGAAAGAUUUUUAUUGAGAACUGAACGACUGAUUUUUUAUUAAUUGCUUGUUCGUUUUACGUCCCGUCGAAAAAUAAUCACGAUCAUUCAAAAAAUCAGUUCUCGAUAAAAAUUGUUCAUUUCUCGAUAAGAAUUAGUGCUAUCACGUUUAACUGAAAAGUCGGUAAAGCGCGGUAAAAUCAUUAGGUUUUGUUAAGUUUGUAGUUUUCGGAUUUCGGUUUUGUUUUGUUUACGUUUUACCAUAUCCCAUUUUCUUUGCUACAUGUGCUAUGAUUGGUUCGAUAUUUUUAUCAAUGCUACUCUAACCAAUAAAAUUCCAUCGAUAAUAGUAAAGAAACAUGGCGACGUAUGGAAAGAAAUCACAAGGGUGGGAAUACAUAAUUUAAGAAAGAGAGAUUCAGUUAUUAACAAAGCAAUCACAAUCUGCAAGAUGUGCAAGUCAAAGGAUCGUGGUAGCUCUGUGGUAGAGCGUUCGCUUCAUUAUCGGGAGGUCGUGAGUUUCAGACCCACUUAAACCUAGUGAUUGCUUCUUCACCAAACGCUCGGCAUUUAGUUGUGCGAGUCGCAGGUGUUUCGAACAUGACUUUAACUUGUCGCAACAGGCGUUAGCAUAUUAAAGAAUUCUUAUGGCUACGACCAUUUAUUUACAAGCGCUAUGUCUAGGUCUAAAUUUGCAGUACCUGACCUACGGCUAAUCUAUCAUAAAAGCUCUUCAGAGCUUAAGCUACCUGUUGUAUUGUACAUAAUGUCCACUUUCAAAGAUUAUUACUUUAUGAUACUUAUUGCUUGUUGGUUUGUUGAAUAAAAUGCAUUA